GGUCCCGCCUGCGCUCGGCGCUCGGCGCGACCGAGGAAGCAGCUCAGUCUGUUUCAGAGCGACGGGGCGGGAUUUCCGCAGGAAGCUGCCUGGGGUGUUGUGUGAUGGCCUCGGCUGCUAGAACUGGAUCCUAGGGAGGAGGCUGUGCUAGGUUUUUGGCCUUUCGCUGGUCGAGUAUAGCAUACGUAACUGGGCCCAGAGAAAGUUGAGAUCUGCUGGGCAGAGCGAACGGCCUGCAGGUCUCGGGGCCGAGGGGUGAAGCUCUCACAUCGAAAUUAGAAGGAGCCCACGAGUUCCCUCCGGAUCUGUAGAAACUGUCCCGUGACUGUUGGCGAAGAUGCCAUACCUUGGCUCUGAGGACGUGGUGAAGGAACUGAAGAAGGCUCUGUGUAACCCUCAUAUUCAGGCUGAUAGGCUGCGCUACCGGAAUGUCAUCCAGCGAGUUAUUAGGCACAUGACUCAGGGCUUGGACAUGUCUGAUGUUUUCAUGGAAAUGGUGAAGGCCAGUGCCACUGUAGAUAUUGUUCAAAAAAAGUUGGUUUAUCUCUAUAUGGGCACAUAUGCACCUUUAAAACCAGAUCUAGCGCUCUUGGCCAUCAAUACACUCUGCAAAGACUGCUCAGACCCCAACCCAAUGGUGAGAGGACUGGCACUACGGAGCAUGUGUAGCCUCAGGAUGCCUGGUGUGCAGGAGUAUAUCCAACAGCCUGUUGUUAACGGUCUGCGGGAUAAAGCUUCAUAUGUCAGAAGAGUGGCAGUCCUUGGCUGUGCCAAGAUGCAUAAUCUUCACGGAGACUCUGAAGUGGAUGGUGCUGUAGUCAAUGAGUUAUACAGUCUUCUGCGUGACCAGGAUCCAAUUGUGGUUGUGAACUGUCUGAGGUCUCUAGAGGAAAUUUUAAAACAGGAAGGAGGUGUUGUCAUUAAUAAGCCCAUUGCCCACCAUCUCUUAAAUAGAAUGUCAAAACUGGACCAAUGGGGCCAGGCUGAAGUCCUGAACUUUCUGCUUCGUUACCAACCCCGAAGUGAGGAGGAACUGUUUGACAUUCUCAAUCUGCUGGACAGCUAUCUCAAGAGCAGUAGCACUGGUGUGGUGAUGGGAGCCACCAAACUCUUUCUCGUUUUGGCAAAAAAGUUCCCCCACGUACAAACUGAUGUGCUUGUACGAGUCAAGGGACCCUUACUGGCUGCCUGUUCUUCAGAGAGCCGUGAGCUGUGUUUUGCUGCUCUCUGCCAUGUCCGCCAGGUCUUACGUAGUUUGCCAGGUCACUUUAGCAGUCACUACAAAAAGUUUUUUUGCUCUUACUCGGAACCCCACUAUAUCAAGCUACAGAAGGUGGAGGUGCUGUGUGAGCUGGUGAACGAUGAGAACGUGCAGCAGGUGCUGGAAGAGCUGCGUGGAUACUGCACUGAUGUGUCUGCUGACUUUGCACAGACUGCCAUCUUUGCCAUAGGUAGCAUUGCCAAGACUUACACAGACCAAUGUGUGCAGAUUCUAACAGAGUUGCUGGGGCUUCGACAGGAACAUAUCACUACAGUGGUGGUGCAGACUUUCCGAGACCUGGUCUGGUUAUGCCCUCAGUGUACUGAAGCUGUGUGUCAGGCCCUGCCCGGCUGUGAGGAGAACAUUCAAGACAGUGAGGGGAAACAGGCACUUAUUUGGUUACUUGGGGUCCAUGGGGAAAAAAUCCCCAAUGCUCCUUAUGUGUUGGAGGACUUUGUAGAAAAUGUGAAGUCAGAGACAUUUCCUGCUGUUAAGAUGGAGCUGCUGACUGCACUGAUGCGCCUUUUCCUCUCACGCCCUGCUGAGUGCCAGGACAUGCUGGGACGGCUGCUGCAUUACUGCAUAGAGGAAGAAAAGGAUAUGGCUGUUCGAGACCGGGGUCUCUUCUAUUAUCGCCUCCUGUUAGUUGGCAUUGAUAAAGUUAAGCAGAUCCUAUGUAGUCCUAAGUCUGACCCAUCUCUUGGACUUUUGGAGGAUCAGCCAGAACGACCGGUGAAUAGCUGGGCUUCAGACUUCAAUACACUGGCGCCAGUGUAUGGCAAAGCCCACUGGGCAACUAUUUCUAAAUGCCAGAAGGUAGAGCGUCAUCGCCUUGAGCUUCCCCACAAUGCAUCCUUUGCAACAUCAGGACACUUGAUUUCUGAAGAGAACAAAGAAGGAACACAAGAACCUCCUGAUUCUGAAGCUCUCAUGCUAGUCCCCAAUCUCCAGCUUACUGCUGAGUAUUUUGAGAAAACAUGGCUUAGCCUCAAAGUUACUUACCAGCAGGUGUUUCCUUGGCAGGGAGAAGUCCAGCCCGACACUCUACAAAUGGCUCUAAAAGUAGUGAACAUUCAGACCAUCGCAAUGAGCAGGGCUGGGGCACAGCCCUGGAAAGCCUACCUCAGUGCCCAGGAUGAUACUGGUGCUCUCUUCUUAACUGAAUUGCUACUGAAGCCUGAGAACUCAGAGAUGCAAAUCUCUGUGAAGCAGAAUGAGGCGAGGACUGAAACCCUGCAUGGUUUUGUAUCUGUCCUGGAAACUGUGAUUGGAACAGUUGGAGACAUAAAAUCUUAACAGAGUGUUGCUGCUUGCCUUGGGUGAGAUGAAAAGCUGUCAGAGUUCCUUUAUUGUCUUAAAAAGCUGCUUGAAGCCCUUGUAUCAACGCUCUUAUGUUUACCCAAAGUCGCCUACCUUGUUCCUUUCAAGCCUGUCAGGCAUUGAUCCCAUUUUAACAGGAGAAUGUAUACUGUAGUAUUGGGUAGUAUUGGUAGGAGAUAAGGAUGGGGUGAGGAUAGGCUGGGGACAUUUCUCUGAUCACUUUAGGGGUUGUAAUAUUUAUUAAAUAUGCCUGGCAUUUGUA